GAAUAACACAUAAUCUAGAAAAAAACUGUAGAGGAUGAUGACUCAACUCAGCCAACUUAAGAUUAUAUAAAGAGGACCAAGCUUGCUUCUCAUUUAAACACACACACACUCCUCAAAAAUCAAUUCUCUCUUGUAGUCUAUUUUUUGUUUGUUAAAUUCGAAUAUAUGGAGCAUAAAAAGAUUGGUUCAGAAAAUCAAGACUCGUACGAUGAUCAACAGAAAUGGGUCCUUGAUUCUUCUUUUGACAGCAAAGGACAUGUUCCUCUCCGGGCUCGAACUGGCGCUUGGAGAGCUGCAUUCUUCAUCAUUGCAAUCGAGUUCAGCGAGAGAUUGAGUUACUACGGGUUAGCUACGAACUUAGUGGUCUACCUAACAACAAUUCUCCACCAAGAUCUGAAGACGGCUAUUAGAAAUGCGAACUACUGGGCCGGUGUCACUACUUUGAUGCCUCUUCUUGGAGGCUUUGUAGCAGAUGCUUAUCUUGGCCGUUACACCACUGUCUUGGUUGCAACCACCAUUUACCUUAUGGGUUUGGUCCUUUUAACAUUGUCCUGGUUCAUACCGGGAUUGAAACCUUGUCAUCAAGAAGUAUGCCUUGAACCUAGGAAAGCACACGAGAUAUCCUUCUUCAUUGCCAUAUACUUGAUCUCCAUAGGUACUGGAGGUCAUAAACCUUCCCUUGAGAGCUUUGGUGCUGACCAGUUCGACGAGGGUCAUGUUGAAGAAAGAAAAAUGAAGAUGUCCUAUUUUAACUGGUGGAGCGCUGGUCUAUGUGCCGGCAUUCUAACGGCUGUGAUUGUUAUUGUCUUUAUUGAAGACCGGAUUGGUUGGGGUGUUGCUAGCAUCAUACUCACUGCAGUUAUGACUAUAUCACUUCUCAUAUUCCUCGUAGGGAAACCAUUCUAUCGUUACCGGAGGCCUUUGGGUAGCCCUUUGACGCCAAUGUUGCAGGUCUUUGUUGCCGCCUUUGCCAAAAGAAAGCUUCCUGAUCCCUCUGAUCCUUCUCUGCUUCACGAAGUUUCCAAGGCAGAGUUAAACAAUGGACGGCUUCUCUCCCACACAACGCAUGUCAAAUUUCUUGACAAGGCAGCAAUAAUAGAAGACAACACUCCUCAAGCAUUCCAGAAACAGAGUCCAUGGAGGCUGGCAACGUUAACAAAAGUACAGGAGACAAAGCUGAUCAUCAACAUGAUUCCCAUAUGGCUCUCCGUGUUGGUCUUUGGAAUUUGUGCUGCCCAAGCUUCGACAUUUUUCAUCAAACAAGCAACCGUCAUGGACAGACACGUAUCCGGCAAAAACAGCUUCACAAUCCCUCCAGCAUCCAUUUACUGUCUCACAGCUAUCACAUUGAUCAUGUACGUCACCGUCUAUGAUAAACUCCUUGUUCCUUUCCUAAGACGCAACACGCAGAACCAAAGAGGCAUCAAUAUUCUCCAAAGGGUCGGGAUCGGUAUGUUUUUCGCUAUCAUCACAAUGAUCAUUGCAGCUCUAGUUGAGAAAAACCGACUUGACCUCCUUACCGAACAGAAUAGACCCAUGAGUGUGUUUUGGCUUGCUCCUCAGUUCAUAGUCCUUGGCGUUGCAGAGGGGUUCACACUGGUUGGACUUCAAGAGUACUUCUACGACCAAGUCCCGGAUUCUAUGAGAAGCUUAGGUAUAGCGUUUUACCUAAGCGUGCUAGGAGCAGGUAGCUUCCUUAACAAUCUACUGAUCACGGUUGUUGAUUCACUAGCGGAGGAUUUCUCGGACAAGCGUUGGUUCGGUAAGACCUUGAACAGUAGUCGAUUGGAUUGGUUCUACUGGUUGCUCGCUGGUCUAACCGCUGCCAAUAUGUGUGUCUUUAUGAUUGUGGCAAAGAGAUUUCCUUACAAAAGUGUGCAGUCAAGCCAAGUUUUAGCUGACUCGUCCGUGUCCGAUGCCUAAAUAAUUAAUUUUUAUAAUAGUUCAAACA